AUGUUGCACACUUAUUAUUAUUUGGCUAUUAUAGCCAUUAUAUUUUGUGUGCGUUCAUCAGAAGCUAUUGAUUGUACAUCAACAUCAUUUCAACAAGACUUAAAUGCCGCAGAAUUAGCUGCAUCAAAAAUACUUGCUGAUGAAUUUGGAGACUCAACAGCAGAACAAAUUCAGGCUGAAUUCGCUGAACAAUUUGGUGAAGACGCUGACAGUAUUAAUGUUACAGUAACACAAGUUGGUGAUACAAUUACCAUAGAAUAUCAACUUUUUUUUGAUUGCGAUCCACCACCAAUUAUAUUACCUGAUGGUACAGAACAAAAACAGGAAGCUAAAACUAAAGUUAAUACAACUGAUGUCGAAAACUGUUUUUCAGCAGGUCUAACUGAUCGAGCUAAUCAAAUAUCACUUAAAAAUGAUCAAAUUAAAGCAGGUGCAACUGAUACAACAUUGGAAUUUAAAGCAGGUGGCCCCAAGUUUUUUGAAUUUGUAAUUGAAAUACCAUCCACAUUAUAUACAAAAGCUAUAUCAGCUAGUUCACCUCAAACUGCAGAACAAUUCCAUAAAGUUCUUGCUACUUUUUUUCGUACUUCACUCAUUGCUAUUUAUUCUAAAACCCUCCGCGACGUCAAUUUUAUUUCGGCUAAACUAAAAUCUAAUGGUCGAUAUGCCUUAACAAAUCGAGUUUCUUUUACUGAAAAUAUAAACAACCAAAACUUGCGUACAGAAAUUUCCUCGAAUAUUCAAAAAAGUUUUUAUACAGCAAUAAAUAAUUUCAAAAUGUCCGCUAAAACAAUACCAAUUCCCGAAAAGGUACAAAUUAGUGCACCAAAACCAGUACGUAAAAAUACAAAGAAGACUGUUGUGAGUAAACUAACACAACUACUAAAAUCCAUAACAUCAAAUGCUAAAGAAACAUCAGCUAAAGCAUCUACAGCCACAUCGCAGGAUAAGACAAGUGAUUCAUCAAAAACGAAAACAACAGACACAAAAACAGGUUCGACCAGUGGAAGUAAUACAGGAAUUAUAGCUAACGCUGACUCAACCAAACAAGACACCAAAGCAGUUAAAACUUCAGGAUCCUCAGUUGCUGCCACGUCGAACAAUGACAAGCCAGCUUCAGCGAAUGUUCCUGCCACGUCCAACAAUGACAAGCCAGCUUCAGCGAAUGUUCCUGCCUCGCCACAAGCUGACACACGUGCUGCUACUGGUACCGGUUCUCUCACCAAUCAGAACACAAAUGCAGCAAAGACGCAAACUAAUGAUGCUGAUCGAGACACAAAAGCACAAAAGACAAAAACUGACACCAACCAACCAUCCCAAUCCGCAAACACUAAUCAAGACAAGAAUGCUGCUGGCCCAGUUAGUGGUGGCGCAGCAGCUGCUGUUUCCGAUGGCAAGUCAGCCAAAACAGCUACAGCAGGUGGCGUUGCAGCUGCAGCACCUGCUGGAAAGCCAACUCAAGUAUCUAAGGCAAGCGGUGACAGUGACGAGAAAACUGAUGGAAAGGCAACCCAAGUAAAUAAAGCAAGUGACGCAUCACAAUCUUCAGGUGGCGGUGGAGCUGUACUCAGUGGUGCAAAGACAAUUGAAGUAUCUAAAGUAAGCGAUAGUGGCGACCAUACUGCUGGAAAGGCAGUCGAAACACCUAAAGAAAAUGAACCUCAACAACCUUCCAGUGGUGUUGGAGCUGCAGUCGUUGGUGAAAAGAAAAUUAAAGUAUCUAAAGGCGGUGACAGUGACGAGAAAGCUAAUGGAAAGACAGGCAAAGCAACUAAAGCAAGUGAAACACCACAAUCUUCGGGUGGCGGUGAAGCUGUACUCACUGGUAAAAAAGCAGUCAAAGUAUCUAAAGGCGGUGCCAGUGACGAGAAAGCUGAUGAAAAGACAGGCAAAGCAACUAAAGCAAGUGACGCACAACAACCUUCAGGUGGUGUUGGAACUGUACUCAGUGGUGCAAAGACAAUUGAAGUAUCUAAAGUAAGCGAUAGUGGCGACCAUACUGCUGGAAAGGCAGUCGAAACACCUAAAGAAAAUGAACCUCACCAACCUUCCGGUGGUGUUGGAGCUGCAGUCAUUGGUGAAAAGAAAAUUAAAGUAUCUAAAGGCGGUGACAAUGACGAGCGUGCCGAUGUAAAGGAAGCCAAAACACCUAAAGAAAAUGAAUCUCAACAACCUUCAGGUGGUGUUGGAGCUGUACUCACUGGUGGAGAGUUAGUCAAAGUACCUAAAGGAAAUGACGGUGAGAAGCGUGACGGUGGAAAGUCAUCGAAAACACCUAAAGAAAAUGAAGCUAAACAACCGUCAGGUGGUGUGGAAGCUGCUCCCGCUGGUGGAAAGCCAACUGAAGGUGACAAACUGAUCAAAAAGGUAAAUGACGCAGAUGUCGUGGGUGCUGUUGUCCUAGGUGGAAAAGCAGGUAAAGCACCUAAAGGUGGCAAAGAGAAAAAUGCGACAGCUCCUGUAGGAGCUGUUGUCCUAAGUGGAAACCCAAGUAAAGGUGACAAAGGGACCAAAAAGGCAGAUGGUGCAGAUGUUGUGGGUGCAGUUGUCCUAGGUGGAAAAGCAGGUAAAGCACCUAAAGGUGGUAAAGGGAAAAAUGCAACAGCUCCUGUAGGAGCUGUUGUCCUAAGUGAAAACCCAAGUGGCAAAGGGAAAAAUGCGACAGCUCCUGUAGGAGCUGUAGUCCUAGGUGGAAACCCAAGUAAAGGUGACAAAGGGACCAAAAAGGUGGAUGGUGCAGAUGUUGUGGGUGCUGUUGUCCUAGGUGGAAAAGCAGGUAAAGCACCUAAAGGUGGCAAAGGAAAAAAUGCGACAGCUCCUGUAGGAGCUGUUGUCCUAGGUGGAAACCCAAGUAAAGGUGACAAAGGGACCAAAAAGGCAGAUGGUGCAGAUGUUGUGGGUGCAGUUGUCCUAGGUGGAAAAGCAGGGAAAAAUGCGACAGCUCCUGUAGGAGCUGUUGUCCUAAGUGGAAACCCAAGUAAAGGUGACAAAGGGACCAAAAAGGUAGAUGGCGCAGAUGUGGUGGGUGCUGUUGUCCUAGGUGGAAAAGCAGGUAAAGCACCUAAAGGUGGCAAAGGAAAAAAUGCAACAGCUCCUGUAGGAGCUGUUGUCCUAGCGGGAAAAGCAGGUAAAGCGCCUAAAGGUGGCAAAGGGAAAAAUGCGACAGCUCCUGUAGGAGCUGUUGUCCUAAGUGGAAAACCAAGGAAAGGUGACAAAGCGAUCAAAAAGGUAGAUGGCGCAGAUGUUGUGGGUGCUGUUGUCCUAGGUACGAAAGAAACUAAAUCAACUAAAACAAGCAAAGUGAAAGGAAAAUCGUCUGUCGUCAAAGCUGUUGGUGCUGGUGGAGAAGUAGUAGAGGCACCAAAACAAACGAAAGCGAUACAAACGCCUGGAAUUGUUGCAGAUGCUGUACCUAAAACACGAGAUGGUUUAUAUGUGGCACAAUCAUUACCGAGCAAUGGCUUAUCAAGUACUGAUAGUGUUCCAAAGGUUUCAACGAACCAACCAUCUAGUGAUGUUCCCAAAACAGUCGAACCUGUAGUAGCUACUGGCAAAGGAAAGAAAAGGAAGAGUAAGAUUAGUAUUCCAAAAUUGAUUAGAAAGAGCGGCCAAUCACAAGGUGAACGUUUUGGUGUUUCUGAUCUGGAAUCUAAUAGAAUACGUGAUAUAACAAUUGAUUCAAUGCGUCAGAAUUAUCUGAAUACAGAUAUCGAUUUACGACAGCUUAGUUUACUCUAUAGUCUUCUUCGUGGACAUGUAUUCAAAGGACGAUUAUCAUCGAGGAAAUCGGAAUCAUCUGGUUGUGCACCACAGGAUGUCUAUGUGAAUUAUGUUUAUGAGCAUGAUAUACACAAUCAAGUGUUUAAUUCCUCGUUUCAAGAUCCUAAUUCAUUUGUUAUUCAAAACCUUCAAUCUGAUAUUGCUCGUUUCGCAGCAGAAGAACUUUACAAACGAAAUUUAGUUUCUGAUGUUAAAGAUAAAGCACAUUUAAUAAGAAUAAUGGAUGUUAGCAAACAAUAUAAAGAUCUUGCGACACUUCGCUUUUAUGUUUCAAUCAUUGUGAGAGAAAGUUCAAUUCCAAUUAUUAGUGAUGUUUUCAAAGUGGUCUUUACAAAAUUACAAAAUGAACGUUUUGCAACAUCAAAUAAAAAAAUUGACUGGGGACGGAUGAUGCUUCUUCCAAUAACAAAAUAA